GAGCACGAAAACCUUCACCAGCUACGCUCAAUAAAUGCAAUGUUUCGAAGUUCAAACGCCCUAUCUUUCACUUCCUACCUGCUGUUUUCAAUCUUUAAUUUCCCCUUCAAGCCUUCACCAGCACAGCACCUUCAUUUAAUGCUCUCUCUCUCUCCCUCUCUUCAGAUCUUUAUCUGACUCUGCCAUUGAACUCCAGAGCCCAGAUGCCCAUCUUGCUAUAGUCUUCUUCAACAAUAAAAAAUGGCUGCUUUUGAUGUAUUGAAAUGAUCAGAGAAAGCCCAGAUGGCCAUAUAUUCUGUAACAAUUUCCUUCACCGUUAUUCAGCAAUGGCUGCAGAGUUAUGAGCCGACCCAUCUCUUGUGCCGAAAUUAAUAUCGAGAGCCGAAUGUUUUCAACUCCCUGACAAUCAAGAAAGGAAACUCGUGAUUUGAAGACCGGUUUUUAUGCAAAACUCUCGUACCCAUUAGUCUCUCUUAUGGAUCUGGCGAGCAGAAAGUACCAAAUCCAUCAAACGCAAGCUCUGUCUCCGAUCAGAAGCCCACCGGGCUCAAUCUUCGGCGGGCAUUUGCAUUCUUCCAACACCAGUUUCCCGAUCCUCGCCGUCGCCAUCAUCGGCAUCUUGACCACCGCCUUCUUGCUGGUGAGCUACUACAUCUUCGUCAUCAAAUGCUGCCUAAACUGGCACCGGAUUGACAUUCUAAGCCGCUUUUCGUUCUCCAGAAGCCGCAGCCACGGCGACCCGGCCGGCCUCUUCUCUCCCGGGAACCAGAGAAGAGGGCUCGAAGAAUCAGUAAUUCAAUCCAUCCCAAUACGCCAGUUCAAGAAAGGGGACAAGGAUGCUUCCAAAGAAACAAGAAGCUUCAGCGAAUGCGCCGUUUGCUUGAACGAGUUUCAAGAAGAGGAGAAGCUCCGAGCAAUCCCAAACUGCGCCCAUUUGUUCCAUGUCGAUUGCAUCGACGUUUGGCUGCAAAACAACGACAAUUGUCCGCUUUGCAGAACGAGCAUUUCAACGGUUCCCCAUUUUCCAUUGGAUCGAACGCUUGCUCCAUCUUCGUCCCCCCAAAACCCCACUCAGAACGGCAAUAAUUUCAUCGGCGCGGAUGAAGGUUACGUGGUGAUUGAGCUCGGCGAAGCGAACUCUGCUGAUCCAGCGACAUUGAAUUCAGGAGAGUUGAUAAAACUGGAGCCGAAGACUCUGCAGAAGAAGGUGAAAAGGUUCAAACAUGUUUCGAUGAUGGGAGACGAGGGCAUUGACGUCCGAGAAAGAGACGAUCGGUUUGGAUUGAUCCAACCCAUGAGGAGAUCUAUUUCCAUGGAUUCAGCCACUGAUCGGCAAUUGUAUUUAGCCGUUCAAGAGAUCAUUCAACAGAACGUAAAUGUCAACAAUGAGGUUAGCUCCAUUGACGGCGGUUCAACUUCAAGCUCAAGCGGCAGAAUCAGAAGGUCCUUCUUUUCCUUUGGAAAUGGAAAGGGUUCAUCAAGAAGCGCUGUUCUUCCAGUAGAAUUAUAAUUUUCUUUUUUGUAAUUUCGUGAUAUGGCUAUAGAGAUUUUAGGAUUUGUUUAGAAGCAGUGAUAAUCUGUAAGAUUACGAAACUGAAUUCAGUUGCAGGACUUGGUAUGAACAAGUUAAUUUCUGCGGUUUUCUCUUGGCUUGAUGAGACUAGGGCCGGGGUGGUCCACUGUAUUCCCAUUGACUUGCAGACAUUAUUACGGCCAUCAUUGCUUCCUACACUUGGUUCUUUUCUUUUCA